UGGACAUUGCAGGGCAAUGCACCGGAAGCACGUGUGGCGACGUUCGUGCCGACAUGAUACUCCCGGGCUGCUCUCUGCGUACCCGGGGCCACGGCAGCCGGCACAUCGCCUGAGGAGUUCCGGUCACCGCGGAUAAUAUGUCUCAGGACCCCGAUCACCCACCGGCCAAGAGAUUCAAGCCGGGCUCGCCUCCAUUUCACGCCAGCCGGAGAGCGGCCAUGCAGCCCGGACCCAGGAAGCCCCCGGUGCCCAUGGAGCUGCAGCGGCGGAGCCUCCCCAUCUACCAUGUCCGAGCUCAGCUCAUAGCACAGCUCCGGCAGCUGGACAGUGCGGUCAUCAUCGGUGAGACAGGCUCUGGUAAAACCACUCAGAUCCCUCAGUACCUCUAUGAAGCCAGCAUUGGGCGACAAGGUAUGAUAGGUGUGACACAGCCUCGGAGGGUGGCUGCUAUAACCCUUGCAACGAGGGUCUCAGAGGAGAAGAAAACAGAGCUAAGUAAACUUGUGGGAUACACAGUACGUUUUGAAGAUGCCACAUCAGAAGAGACAAAAAUCAAGUUCCUCACUGAUGGAAUGCUGCUCCGUGAGGCGAUUGGAGAUCCACUUCUACGCAAAUAUAGUGUCAUCAUUUUGGAUGAGGCCCACGAAAGAACAGUGCAUACUGAUGUGCUCUUUGGGGUUGUAAAAGCUGCACAAAAGAAAAGACGGGAGCUUGGGAAACUACCUCUCAAAAUAAUCAUUAUGUCUGCCACCAUGGAUGUGGAUCUGUUUUCUCAGUACUUUAACGGUGCUCCGGUUCUUUACCUCGAAGGUAGACAGCAUCCCAUCCAAGUCUUCUACAGCAAGCAGUCACAAAGUGACUAUCUUCAAGCUGCGCUGGUCACAGUCUUCCAGAUUCAUCAGGAGGCACAGCCAUCUCAUGAUAUUUUGGUGUUUUUGACGGGUCAGGAAGAGAUUGAAGCAAUGACAAAAACAUGUAGGGACAUAGCAAAGCACCUCCCUGAUGGCUGCCCACAGAUGAUGGUGAUGCCUCUUUAUGCCUCUUUACCACAUUCUCAACAGCUUCGAGUGUUUCAGAGUACACCAAAGGGUCACCGCAAGGUUAUUCUUUCCACCAACAUUGCAGAGACCUCUAUUACAAUUCCAGGAAUCAAGUAUGUGGUAGAUACAGGCAUGGUGAAGGCAAAGAAAUACAACCCAGAGAGUGGUCUUGAGGUGCUAGCUGUUCAGAAAACGUCUAAAGCACAAGCUUGGCAGCGCACAGGGAGAGCUGGACGAGAGGACAGUGGGAUAUGUUAUAGACUCUACACGGAAGAAGAGUUUGAUAUGCUUGAGAAAAUGACCAUUCCCGAGAUACAGAGGUGUAAUCUCGCCAGUGUGAUGCUGCAGCUUCUUGUCUUGAGAGUACCGAAUAUCCUUACCUUUGAUUUCAUGUCCAAGCCCUCUCCUGACUCUGUACGGGCUGCCAUUGAGCAGCUGGAUCUGUUGGGUGCUGUGGAAAGGAAAGAGGACCAGGUCAUCCUAACACCACUGGGGAGGAAGAUGGCUGCUUUUCCAUUAGAGCCUAAGUUUUCCAAGACUAUCCUGCUUUCCUCAAACUUUCACUGCACUGAAGAGAUUUUGACAAUAGUCUCUCUGCUGUCAGUGGACAGUGUUCUCCAUAACCCUCCUGCUAAACGUGAUGAAGUACAAGCCUCUAGGAAGAAGUUCAUUUCUAGUGAAGGUGACCAUAUCACUUUGCUCAACACAUAUCGCGCCUUCAAAAACCUGGGUAAAAAUAAGGAAUGGUGCAGAGAGAACUUCAUCAACUCCAGGAAUAUGCUGCUGGUUUCAGAGGUCCGUUCCCAGCUCAGGGACAUUUGUAUUAAGCUAUCAAUGCCCAUUGAGUCUUCAAGAACAGACACUCGAAAUAUCCGCCAGUGUCUGGCUCACGGCCUGUUUAUGAAUGCAGCAGAGCUGCAGCCUGAUGGAACCUACACCACAGUGGACACUCACCAACCUGUUGCCAUCCAUCCUUCUUCAGUUCUUUUCCACUGCAAGCCAGCCUGUGUCAUUUACAACGAGCUCCUUCAUACAUCCAAGUGUUACAUGAGAGACUUGUGUGUUGUGGAUGCAGACUGGUUGUUUGAGACAGCUCCAGAAUAUUUUAGAAGGAAGUUAAAAACUUGCAAGAAUUGAACAGUUAUUUUGAGAAAAUAAAGUGGACUUGUUAUUAAGAGAAACUAAUUUUAUCUCAGUCAGCAUUGGUAGAUCAUUGUAAACAGAUAAUUUAUCUUCUUGCUAAUGUUUUUAGCAAAUUCAAACUAGGAUCAGUUUCUGUUGAGCUGUGUUAUUUGAAAACAAAGUUCAAAAAGAUAUUGCAUGUUCAACAAAUAGUUAUCUUAAAGGGUUAUCCCAACCAUCAAAACCCCUGUAGUGGUUAUAAUGCUAGGAGUCCCCUGGCCACGUUUCCCAGUAAUGGGGCAAACUGUUUUUUUGCAAUUGGUUUUCCCUCUUACCUGGGUGUCCACUGGCCGCCUAGGGUCCUCUAUGGCCGGUGAUGGUGCAUCCAGCUUCUGCUGAACCUGUGUGUCUGUCUCACUAGCCAUUCAUUGGCAGAGAGUGUCAGCUGACUACUCCCAGCCAAUGAAUAGAAAUAUGCACAGAAUUGGCAUUAGCCAGCCCGAAACUCUCAGGCUGACUAGUGUCACCCCACGGAUAUUGCCAAGUUAAACCUCUUGCAGCAGAGGAGUUAAAUUCAGUGUGUGCAUUUUUUCAUAGCGAAGUGCUGUACAUACAGACUCCCAAGUCAUUGAAGUGGAAAUGGUGCUCUGAGUAACUCUUUAAAACUAUGAGAAAAUCAAGCCUACUUCUAGCCAUUUAGUAUUAAAUAACCUGAAGCAGGACUACAUAUUUAGCAGUGCACUAAAUUAAAUCUCUUAAUUACCAUCAUCAAUUUUGUUCUUAACCUUAUUUUACCAGGCUGCUGCUGUAUAGUUAAUUGCAAAUGGAUUUUUAAAUAUAUAUCUAAGCUAUGUAUCAUAACUUAUGGUAGCGCCAUUUAGAUCUCUUAGCAUCCAUUCCUCUUAUUACAAGUCUAUUCCCCCUGCCUGUAGUGAUACAAGAUAUUUCCAAUUAUUAUUUUUUUUAUUCGUGUUUAUAUUAAACAAGUGAUGUUUAAGGAAUAUCAAUAUCAAACCUGAUUUAGAGGAGAGUAACAUUAAUUUAAUUUGGUUGUCCGUCUCUUAGCUCUCCUUGCUGUAAGAUGGCCUAUGUUAAGUAUAGUAUUAGAAUAUAUUUUAAGUGAAUGACACCCCAAUAUGGUAAAUGAGCUGGUCACAUCCUAGAAUACUGGAUGACAUG